GCGCAGUAUGAGGAGAGACCGCGGUGUCUCGCGCCGCUUGGUUGUCAGGGCUGGUGAAUAUCGGAGCGCUGUGUGUGAGAGAGACUCGCUCACUUAAUAAACCCUCAGUCCGGGUUUUAUACACAGUCUUUAACUCCACAGCUGAAGGGGGAAGUUUCAUUAAAUAGUCAGCUAGACUGACCCGCUACCCGUUAGAUAAGCGGAAAGUCAUGACCGGACAGUACAGCACCGGUAGAUUUAACAGAAGAUAACAGAAGGGUUAGCUAACCGCUAAGCUAACAACUUACCUAACGAACCCAGCAGCUCUUAUCAUGAGGAGAAACGAAAACCAGCCGAGACCGACAGCAGGCUGCCUGUCAGUUCCACUGUUUAACCAGAAGAAACGUAGCAGAUUGCCUUUGACGUCCAAUCCGUCUGAGAAUGAAAUGUACUCUGGCAACAGCCUAGGGUAUGCCCCGGCAUUGGCAACAACAAAUCGAGCGCCUCUAACCCAGAGAAGUGAAUGGAAUCAGCAGACAAAUCUACGACCUGAGCAAGGCAAAACUUGGCCUUCUACUUCAUCUCGCUCAACAGGACAAGGAUAUUCACCUAUACCUCACCCUCAUAAACCCAUCUAUAAUAGAUCAGGUACAGGGAUGCAGAGACCAUCAGGUAAAUAUGAUUCCAUGGCAAUGACUCAGAACUGCAGGGUGGAUGCAUUUCCUAGUGUCAGUGGAGCCUAUCAGGCCCAGGAAAGACCAUUUGUUGGCAAGCAACCCAUAAAGCAGCAGACCUUUAGCAGACAGGCCAAUCCACCCAAAGCGUCUUUCACCCAUCAGAAGCCCCUGCCCGGUCCAUCACACAGCCAGGGAGCUGGUCCUCAGAGUCAGAACACUAAGUGGAAGGUUAAAUCUGUUGGGCAUACGAGUGCUGGGAUGUGGGUUGAGGAUACUUUUGGCACUUCAAGAAAUGAAAGCAGUGCACAGCAAGAGAAAUCGACAGAGACAAAGCCAGGACCUGAGAAUUCCCUGCGAAUUCUCACAGCUGUUAUUGAGGGUAUGAAACACUGGAGCCAGUUUAAGGACAAAGUGCCUAUGCUGUUUGAGAUUUUUGCCACUCUUGACUCUGCUGUUACAGUAGGAAAAUAUGGUGCCAAGAACUUCCUCAUGAGGGAUGGAAAAGAUGUGGUGUCAUGUGUCUACUAUGAAACUGACCAAGUGCUGCCUAGGCUGAUCCGAGGUCAGGUGCAUCGCUGUGUCGGGAACUACGACAGACAAAAAAACAUUCUCACCUGUGUGUCGGUGCGGCCCGCCUCUUCCUCCGAGCAGAGAAAUGCUCAGGAGGCUGUGAAAGCUUCAGAUGCUGAGAUGAGAAGCGUGGUCCAGGUGCUUUCAGAAAUGUAAUAUGAAGUGGAACUUGACGUGACAGAACAUAGCAGGAGGAUUUCAGGACAUUCAAGUUAAGUUUGUUUUCUCUUUUAGUUGAAGAUUAGUUCAGAGGUGAAGUGUGAUUAUAUUGGAUUAUAUACAACAUUCCUCUUCGUCCACAGACAAUUUGACAUGUUGCAGCUUUAUCAUUUAUAUGCAUUGGUUACAUACAUUUGUGUAUUCAUUCAUCAGUUCAAAACUAUUACUGCAUAUGCUAUAUUUACAAUGAUGCAAAAUUACCUAAAACCAUUAAAACCUGCUUAAUCUAAA